UUCCCCCAGAGAUCGAUUUCAUUACUUACGAUUUCUUUGCUCAUGAAAAUACGACAUACGAAUUGAAGUGUACAGCGAUUGGAAGUCCUAAACCAAGCAUUGUCUGGUCCAGACCAGGAGACAUGCUACCGAGUGGUGAAUAUUUAUCACAUGGUAGUAUAUUGGAAUUAGUGAAUAUGAGCAGUUCACAUCGAGGUGUUUAUCAAUGUGCUGCCAGUAACACUGAGGGCAGUGUUCAAGCGACUGUAGAAAUCACAAUGGACUAUAAACCAGAUGUAGUUGUAGAUCAUGAAGUGGUUACUGUAUCAUGUUUGCAUGAUUCAGCGUUACUGGUCUGCUUUUAUCAGGCUAGCCCUAAUGUAACUGAGAUUGUGUGGACCAAUGCGACUGAUGGAAGUACUGUUAAGUUUGAAAAAAGAGUUAACCCUCUAUGCAAAACAUCGUCUGAAUGCAAUCUAUAA